GAUAUCCUUAUGACAAUGCAUCAGGACGGUUCGUUGGCGAAAAUGCUGGAAGAGAAGGGCGUUGUUGUGCCCGCGGAGGGUGAGGCGGAGCCGCCAAAAUAAGCCUGCGCGUUUAUGAGGCACAGUCAAGUUGCAUAUAAAGACUGUAGAACGUGGCUUCACGGAGAAGCUCUGUAAGAAGGCCGAGCUGAUAUGACAUGAAUGAUGUACCAUCAAAAUGUAGAACACAAACGGUCAGAUCCCACAAGGGAAGCCCUCACUUCCACAUUGACAAGUUGCAAUCCAGCAGCUCUCGCAGUCCGCAGAAAGAGAACCGCAGGAGAUCAAAGAAGCGAUUGGACGAACAUGUAAUUGCCGUCGAGUUCAAAGAAACCAGUGACGACUACAAGCGCCACCUAUAUACUACCACCACCGUCCAGAUCACCAAGACGCUCGAAGACCUCCUUCACCAGCUUCAUGAAAGCACCCUACAAGAUGUGCCCUCCGGUAAACCAAACGACCUCUCACCCCUUAAGCUUUCCAAACCAGCCCAAUACGAACGCAUGGCCGCAACCCUCUACCAACCACUCUCGGCCUACAGACUUGGUCUCACACGCACCAACACCGACGGCGAGAAGAUCCGCGUAGAAAGCACACUAGCGAACCGCAUGGACAACUUCGACGAACACAUCCACCAGCAAACAGCAGAACUCACAAAGCUACAGACCGAAUGGGAGAUGAUCGUGGGUGAAAUCUUCAAACUGGGCGUAACAUGCCUAGGCGACGGGGCCAUGGAGACUCUACUCUCCGCCAGCGAAGACACGCUCUCCCCGUCGAAAACCACAGAUACCACAGCAGAGUCCACACUCUUCGUCCCGGAACAUGAUACCCCGCCUCCGCGUAAGAAGAAAUGCGUCACGUUCCAGACUACGUUCCCGCCGUUCUUGUACCAGGCUUCGCGGUUCAAGAAGGCUGCUCCUGAGACGCCGAGACUGCUGGGGGAAGAGGUCAGGGAACUGGAGGCGCAGGUAGGCAACUUGGGUCAAGAGCAUCUCAAGGACUUUUGCAAGAUUGAGGAUCGUCAUGCGGCGUGGUUGAAGAAGAAACAUGUGCUUAUUGCUCAGGCGAUGCUGAAGGAGGACUGAGUGGGAAGAGACGGAUAGAAGUGUGUGGAACACGGAAGCGAUGUUGCGAGAUUUGUUACAGAAGGGCUAGAGGGCUGGGGGUGUUUGUGCGUUGUGUGACGCAACGACAGGACUGUUUAUGGGGGUAACGGACAUCUAUGAUAUAUAUCUUGGCAAACAAUGCGGCGAGGAUUUGUUACUCCUACGUACACUGCAUGAUAGGCAGGGACAUUAUGA